AACCAGAACAUCACGGAUUCCUCUGGCGCCGUAAAAAUCACAUCAUCCCAUUUUGAAGAGACUGAGGGACCGAGAGGACGACCUGUUGAAGAUUUCAAAGCAAAACAGUUUCUGACAUGCACUUUGAUAAAUCGCCGAAAGAGAAGCCGUGUUGCACUCUGCCCACAGUCAAGAAACUCCUGGAGGAGAAGAGAAGGCGUGAGACGUCGUCUGUGCUCCCCUCCUGCUCUGCAGCCAGCACAAGCCCUGCUCCUUCAGCUACUGUCACACAGUUGUCCUCAGCAGAACCAUUUACCUGUACAGGUGCAUCAAGCAGCUACUCAGACAUGGCAGUGAGCUUUGAGCAGUGGUCCCCAGCACCAGAGUCUACACUCAGUUACUACCCCAAUCAUCCAGGAUCCAGCUAUGCUGCAGCUUACAGCCACCCAAUGACAUCUGAAUAUGCCACACAGCAGCAUGACCCAGGAUAUGGAGACACAGUGUCUCAGACAUUUGAGGGCUCGAUGACGGUCAAUGAUCCCAACAUGGUAUCGCCUUGGUCAUUUCUGGGUCCCAGUCAGGCUGCACAGCUGAGUUUUGGUUCGUCGUUGGACGCCAACAAGCUGGAGGAGGCCAGGAUGCUGCUCAACGGGAUGGACUACAGCAGAGCCACUGGGCAAGAUGAAGACGGAGACACCAUCCUGCACAUCUACACUGCCAAGGGGCUCAGGGAGUGUGCCUAUGCUGCUGCAGAGAGGCUGAGGGAUGUAGACAGGCUUGAUGCCAAAGAACACAAGGGAAAGACUGCUUUACUGGUGGCGGUGACAGCAAACCAGCCGGAGAUUGUGCAAGAUCUGCUGUCGUUUGGAGCGGACAUCAAUGCCUGUGAUGUUAAAGGACAGACUGCCCUUCAUCUGGCUGCCCACUAUGGCUUACCUGGAGUGUUGCAGGCAAUUCUGUCAAGCAGGCCGGCUGUCAACCUGGAGGCUCGCAACUUUGAGGGUAUGACUCCUCUGCACUGUGCAGCCAUUUCCCACAGUGUCACCAUAAAGGCGCUGUCCAGCAGUGGGAUGCAAGAUAUUAAUCUUCGGACCAAGGCUAUGGAGAAGCUCUCCUGUGUGGAGAUGCUUCUCAGCGCGGGGGCGUCCCUACUCAGUCAGGAAAUCAAAAGUAACAAGACCGUGCUGCACUUGGCAGUAAAGGAGGGGAACAUUGAUCUGGUGACCUAUCUGCUGAGGAUUCCCCUGCCCAACAUGAAAGACUUUGUCAACUUGAAAGCGCAUGGUCACACAGCUUUACACAUGGCAGCUGGUCUCCAUGGUAACCCCCACCAGGAGGAGAUCCUGCAGCUGCUGCUGCGCAAAGGAGCUGAUCCCAGUAUCCGCAACCUGGAGAACGACCAGCCAGCUCACCUGCUGCAGAGCGGCCUCCAGGGAGAGCAGCUCAAGCUCAUGCUGAAGAAACGGAGCGCUUCCUCUCGGCGACGUGUCGUGUCCUUGCAGGACCAGGAAUGAUUUUAAAAAUCCCCAUUUGUAAUCCCCAUUUGGAGGGAAAGAAUCUGUCUUAAGAUGUUGCCUCUGUUAAGAAGGGGAUUUACAGUUUAUUGUUAUGUUGCUUUGGGAGUCUCUGGCCCUAAAUAUUGUUAACAAACUACUUUGGCAUAUUAAUCUCUAGAUAUAAUUCACAUUGGAUUAGACAAAUGAUGCUUUAAUGCACAAAGCUUAAAUUACCUGUGAUUUAGUGUCUGUAAAAAAAGCUUUAUUUAUUUUAAUAUGCACAGGGUGAAGUAUUCAUGUGUAGGCGAAGCAUUUCAUUCCAAAAUGUGAUCACCUCCAUUGGACCUUUUCACAAAUUAGCACUCAGAUCUCAAAUUCUGACUAUUAGAGGCAUUUUAAUUUUUGUCAGAAUGGAUAUUUAACAUUUUUAGAUGAGAGCCUUUAAAGCUGUAGUUGCUAACUUUAAUAAAAUAACUUUUAACCACAUUUGCUGAAACUGUCACUAUAUCUGCACAGUAGUUCACAAAACAGACAAUAAUGGCAUUUACUAGAAUCUACCUCAGCUGAAGGAAAUUGUACUGUUUAGCUGUAAAAUGAGAAACCUUGCUCCGGCUCUCAUGUUACAGCUAAAGAGUACACUAAAAUUUGUUUCUGAGAACAUUUGAGGUGAGUAAUAGGCUUUGCAGAGACAGAAUCUUGAUCCAUAUUUUAUCCACACUGCAUAGUUUGACAGUUUGACCAAAGUUCCCGUGCAGGGAUUGACAGCUGUGUUAGAGACUCCUCGGUUUUUCAUUAAUGAAUGUGUGGUAUAAGGAGGCAGAUGAAUUUGAUUUUUUUCCACAGAUCAUCUGACUCAUGUACAACUGUGUGGAUAUAGUGACUCUUGAGCAGACAUGAUAAAAGUUUUCUUACCACAUUUACCAGCUACAGCUCUAAACAAACUGAAAAAAAGAGCAUUAGUUAUCUUUAAACAGCAGAAGGUAUAGAUGUCGCUGCGGAAGGUGGAGUAGUAUUCAUCUUCGUAAUGGGCCACACUCCCAGUUUAAUGUUGAUUUCUGUGAAAUCGUUUGUAUGACCUCCAGGACAAUGUCCCUGAAACCCCUCUGACUCUCUUGUCAAAACCCCCAUCAUACUAAGUUAUCAUAUUGAUACACUGAGUGAUGGUUUUGAUUUCAGUCAGCAUGUGUGCUUAUGUUAAGAAUGCGUGUGUUAACGAAAACAAAAACAAAAAACUGAAUCACAUAAGUUAACUUUCUCUCUGUAUGCAUCAUACUUACAUGGGUAACAUCAAGUACAAUUUUUCUUUGUGGAAAAAGCGACUUGACAGUGUGUAAAGCUAUUAUGUACUUGAAACUUGAUUGUGACAAAGAAUGUGUUUAUCACAGAGACAUUACGUGAGUAGGUGCGGUGACAAAUUGUCUGAGUAACUGUACAUUUUAGUCAUGAGUCAUGAAUAAAAGUACAAUAACACUGUAUUCAAAGUUCCAUCUGCAUGUUUUGAUGUUCAGGACAUCCUUUAAACAGUCACAUUUAACAUUUGGCCACAGAAAUUACCAUGAUGGAAAACAUACCAUCCCACCAGAAAGUGAUGGUGUAAAGAAUUUUUAUUUUUCAAGCCCAUUUUCCACCAUCACAAUGAAUGUUAGUCACAAAGGUCUGAAGUAAGGUCUGAGUUGUGUGUCACAUAUGUGUCAUCUCUGUUGAAUUCCCAUAAAGCACAAAAGAAAGAUCAAUCUCAGGAGCAAAUGACAUAUUGUCUUAUUUCUACAUUACAUUUAUGUCACUUUAAGAUAUAUAUAACGUUAAGAACAAGUUCAUUAUAAACUGAUAAAACCACGUUGAGUAGACAAGACCUUUAUUUGAAACAGUGGCCUCAUUUUUCAGCUUUACAGGUAAUACAUUUUAAUUUGUAAUACCAUUGCCUUUGAAUUUAAUAGAAGAAAUUACUGCUAAUAAAACAAAUACACAUUUCAUCUAUUGUAAUAUCGAUCAAAGCAUUUUCAAAAUGAAAUACUUUGCUAAACAUUGUCUUAUAUUUUAUUGUAGCCACUUCUUUUUUGCCUAUUCUGAUCAGUGUCUUCAUCAUUUUGUCAUGCUGAAUAAACAAGAUACCAACAAAAAAAAAUUAAGAAAGAUAAAGGCAGAAGAUAACUGUUACAAUUGAUCAUUGCAUGCGUUUUUUUGUUUUGACUUGGAGAUGUACUCUAUAAAUAUUUAAUCAUGCUAUUAAUUUUAUUGCUCUACAUGAGUACAAUGUAAGAGAACGAUUGUUGCUUUUUUAAAAUUAAAAGUACCUCAUCAAGUCUCAUGUUUGAGUGUUUUUCCUUUUUUUUCCCACUUCUUUUAUUCCCACUCAAUUUGGAGCCAUCUUUAGAUACAUACACAGUACAUUGCUAUUAUUGUAAGACUCUCUACAGAAUUCAGUGGGAGGCUCAAUGAAACCAGGUCAGGAUGCGUUGGAAAACCCUGUAUAUUGAUCAUCCAG